AUGCUUUCAGAUAAAAGUGAUGGAUGUUGUUCCACGCACCUUAUUGAUGGAGAUGGGGUCUUCAAUGUUGCUGGAGUUGAAAAUUUUAUAAAGGAAGUUAAACUGGCAGAAUGUGGUCUUUCAUAUGCUAUAGUAUCCAUUAUGGGCCCACAAAGCAGCGGGAAAAGUACACUGUUAAAUCAUCUAUUCAAUACUAACUUUAGAGAGAUGGAUGCUUAUAAAGGAAGGUCACAAACCACGAAAGGUAUAUGGAUGGCUCGAUGCGUUGGGAUUGAGCCAUGCACCCUUGUUAUGGAUUUGGAGGGUACCGAUGGGAGAGAGCGCGGAGAGGAUGACACUACAUUUGAGAAGCAAAGUGCCCUAUUUGCCCUUGCUGUUUCUGAUAUAGUGCUAAUCAAUAUGUGGUGUCAUGAUAUUGGCCGUGAGCAAGCUGCUAAUAAGCCUCUUCUGAAGACUGUUUUUCAGGUUAUGAUGCGGUUAUUUAGACAUCAACACCCCACACUUAGACUCUUGCUCACUCCGCUUGAAAAUUUGGAGCCUGUUCUAAGAGAAGAUAUUCAGAAGAUAUGGGAUUCCGUCCCAAAGCCGCAAGCUCAUGAGGAAACACCUUUAAGUGAAUUUUUUAAUGUUGAGGUUGUUGCACUUUCUAGUUAUGAAGAGAAGGAAGAGCAAUUCAAAGAGCAGGUGGCUAGUCUAAGACAGCGAUUCUUUCAUUCUAUUGCACCUGGGGGUCUUGCUGGAGAUAGGCGGGGAGUUGUUCCUGCUUCUGGUUUUUCGUUUAGUGCACAGCAUAUGUGGGAGGUUAUAAAGGAGAACAGGGACCUUGACCUCCCUGCCCAUAAGGUUAUGGUAGCUACCGUGCGCUGUGAAGAAAUCGCCCAUGAAAAAUAUGACUCUUUCACUGCAAAUGAGGAGUGGUGUCAAUUAAAAGAGGCAGUGCAAUCUCAUCCUGUGGGUGGCUUUGGGAAGAAGCUUAGCUCCGUUUUGAACGCAUGUUUAUCAGAAUAUGAUGCAGAGGCUACAUUCUUUGAUGAAGGAGUGAGAUCUACAAAACGAAAGCAGUUGGAAGAGAAAUUGCUUCAGCUUGUCCAACCAGCCUACCAAUCUAUGCUGGGACGCAUACGAUCUGAUACUUUGGAAAGAUUCAAAGAAGCAUUUGAUAAGGAACUGAAGGGAGGUAUAGGGUUUGCAAUGGCCGCUCAUGAGUGCACUGUGUCUCUUAUGUCCCAGUUUGAUGAAGAAUGCGCAGAUGCUGUUAUUGAUCAAGCAAAAUGGGACUCAUCCAGAGUUAGGGAUAAGCUCAAGCGUGAUAUAGAUGCUCAUAUUGCUGAAAUUCGUACUGCCAAGCUGGCUGAAGUUACUACUCUUUACGAGAACAAAUUAAAUGAUGCUUUAGCUGGACCUGUGGAGGGUCUUUUAGAUGGAGCUGCUGAUGAUACGUGGCCAGCAAUAAGAAAACUGCUUCAGUGUGAGACUCACACAGGACUCUCUGGGUUUUCAACUGCACUUUCUGGUUUUGAAAUGGAUGAACAGACAAGGGAAAAUAUGGUUUUAAGAUUGAAGGAUUAUGCACGUGGAGUGGUUGAAGCAAAGGCGAAGGAAGAGGCCGGAAGAGUUUUGAUUCGUAUGAAGGACAGGUUUUCAAUGUUAUUUAGCUAUGAUUCUGAUUCAAUGCCACGAGUUUGGACUGGAAAGGAAAAUAUUCGAGCUAUUACCAAAACUGCCAGAUCAGCUUCUCUGAAGCUCCUGUCAGUUAUGGCUGCAAUUCGUUUGGAAGAUGAACGUGAUAGCAUAGAGAAUACACUCAGUGUUGCUCUUUCGGAUGGAGGUGCUUCAACCAAGAAAGGCAUUGGAUCUCCUGAUCCUCUGGCCUCUAGCACUUGGAAUGAGGUCUCUGCAUCAAAAACUUUGAUCACACCUAUCCAAUGCAAGUCAUUGUGGAAGCAAUUUAACACUGAGACUGAAUACAUUGUUACACAAGCCAUUGCUGCUCAGGAGGCUAACAGGAGAAAUAACAAUUGGCUGCCACCUCCAUGGGCAGUUGUCGCAUUGCUUAUUCUGGGUUUCAAUGAAUUCAUGACACUGUUGAGAAAUCCUUUGUAUUUGGGAGUCAUAUUUGUUGCCUUUCUACUAGUGAAAGCCCUCUGGGUGCAAUUGGACAUCUCGGGCGAAUUCCGGAAUGGCGCUCUUCCUGGACUUCUCUCUUUAUCCACAAAGUUCCUUCCUACAGUCACGAAUCUUCUUAGACGACUAGCCGAGGCAGGCCAAAGGAAGGCGAAUAAUGAACCUCAACAUAAUACUACUCCUGCAUCAAAGAGCUCCCGCGGUACAACUGCUUCAUCUGAAGUGACUUCAGUAAACAGAGGGGAAUAAUAUAAGCCCCUUAAUUCAUGACAAAAUGAAGUAAGCAUCGUUGGUUCGGCUGAACCUAAGUGAUUUGGGGUCGAACUUUAUAUAUGCGCAAAAAGCGAAUAUGGAUAGAAUUAGAUAUGCAGAACUCACAGCAUCUAAAUUUUGGAUCCAUGGCGGGAAGUAAGUCAUGUUUAUAGAGCAUUCUUCUUAUUUGUGGCAACAAGUUUUUAUGUUUAUAAGAUGGUUUGUGCUGCAGAAUCUGCUUGAUGGCUUUCACUUUCAAAAGAAAGCAUGUGAACAAUAAGAAAAAUGGAAAGAGUUGAUUUUUGUGUAGGACAUAUAUACUGAGAUAUGGUUUGUGUUGUGGUGUAAACUAAGAGUGUUCUCCAUGUUUUUUCUCUUGUUUGCCACCAAUUUUGUCUUUCAUCAAGAAACUAUAAGUCACUGAUGGAAGAUAUAUUCUGUAUUUAAUGAGAUGGAUUAUCUUCUUUCUGGUUUUGUAAUUUAUAUGGAAGAGGAAGACUACGUAACUUGUAUUUCA